CUCGCUAUAUGAAGACCCCCCGCGCUGCCCACGCGGACUCCAAACGCGAGGCGAGACCAGGUGAGCGCGUGAGAUUUAACACAACAAAGUAGUUCCUUGGUGCGACGCGCAGGAGUGAUACAACGAUGGCCUCUGCGGUGCAAUACCUGCGCAAGCACAAGGGGCUGAUCCCUCUGUUCGGAUUCCUGAGUCUCGCCGUGGGCAUGAGCACCUCCAUGAGCAUCUAUGCACUGCUCACCAAGACUGACGUCGUGGUGAAUAAAUCUGGGAACCCGUGCCCAUGGGAGAAAAUUGAUCCAACCAAACCACAGAAGUUGAUCACCAUCAACCAGAAGUGGGAGAGAUGCGAGGGACUGGACCUGGCAAAGCAAGCGACCAAAUAAACUCACUCAUGGACAUCCCACACACUUAGUCACCCAAACACAUACACAUACACACCCACUCACACACACACAUAGACACCCACUCACGUAGACACCCACUCACAUAGACAUAGACACCCACUCACGUACACAUAGACACCCACUCACACACACAUCCACAUAGACACCCACACACAUACACAUAGACACCCACUCACAUAGACACCCACUCACAUAGACACACACUCACAUACACAUAGACACCCACUCACACACACAUCCACAUAGACACCCACUCAUAUAGAUACCCACUCACGUAGACACCCACUCACAGAGACACACACACCAACUCACACACAUGCACACACAAAUAGACACUCACACACACACAUACACCUACUUCCACACACACCCACUCACUCAGCAAGUGACGAGUCAGGUGGUUGGAUCGUUGAGCUGUAAACGGGGAUUGAACUCUGACCGGAGCAGUGAUUUGAGUAAAAAUGGCGUUUAUAGUCAAUAGACAAACAAGACAAAGGUCCCCCAUGUCGUAUUUAACAGGCUGCUGGGGCAAGUGCUGUUAGCGAGUAGCUGCUAUUAAGGCCGGCACGGCACACGAGGGGGGGUGGGUGGCCAACAUCACGCCCGGCCGCCUUUGUCUCCCAAGUGGAAAUGUUUACAUUCCACACCAGGCACUCAUGUCGACCUAGAGGAGGCCCAGGACCGGUUCAGAUAAUCACUACGGAUGUUGGCCGUGAGUGGGAAUCGAACUCGGGUCUUCUGAUUCGUAGCGCAGCGCGCUAACUGCUACACACAGUGCUGCACACACACACACAGUGCUGCACACACACACUGCUACACACACACACUGGUACACACACACACACAGUGCUGCACACACACACACACAGUGCUACACACACACUCACAAUGCUACACACACACACACAGUGCUGCACACACACACAGUGCUGCACACACACACACAGUGCUGCACACACACACAAUGCGUUGUUAUGUUCCCCGCACAACAGAGAGCCUCUAGCCGCACACGUGAUUACUCUCUCGAGUCCGUCCAAAUGAUGGCAGCAACUCCGUGCUGAACUUGAGUCCGCGAACUGCGACACACAGUGUACCACAAGGGUGGUCCAGAUGUCUCGUGACCCCCACCCCCCUCAAUUAACUCCUAAUAUUGUGUUGCAUAUUCGUUUGUGUUUUAAAUAAAACCUUACAUAUUAAAUACAA